UUCCCCACUCUGCCACUCACCUUCCUCUCUCUUCUCAAGCAGUUCUUGUAGUGUGUAUGUCUGACUAAAGAAGUAAUGGGAGAAAGUGGGUUGAUUUCAAUGGUGAUACUGUUCAUUUUGGUUGUGUGGUGGGGAUGGAAGGUGUUGGGAUGGAUAUGGUGGAGACCCAAGAAGCUGGAGAGGUUUCUCAAGAAACAAGGUAUCAAACUCACUCCAUACAAUUUACUGGUGGGUGACCUGAAAGAGAACCAAAGGCUGUUUGAGGAAGCUAGAUCCAAGCCCAUGAACCUAUCCCAUGAUUUUGUUCCACGUGUCUACCCCUUUCAUCUUCAAACUAUACAGAAGUAUGGUAAGAAAUCUGGCUUUUGGUUUGGAACAAAUCCAAGAUUGUAUAUUACGGAUCCUGAUCUCAUAAGGGAUAUUUUGAGCAAUAAAUUUGGUCACUUUGAGAAGAUCAAAGGAAAUCCACUGUCAAGUUUAUUUGUGAGGGGACUUGUAACCUAUAAUGGUGAGAAAUGGGCCAAGCACAGAAGAAUUAUUAACCCUGCAUUUCAUAUGGAAAAAGUGAAGCGCAUGUUAUCAGCAUUUUAUACAAGCUCUAAUGAGAUGGUUAGCAAAUGGGAGAAAUUGGUUUCGUCAAAAGGGUCUCUCGAACUGGAUGUGUGGCCAGAACUCCAAAUUUUAACAGGGGAUGUCAUCUCUAGGGCAGCAUUUGGUAGCUCCUAUGAAGAAGGUGUACAGAUAUUCAAAUUGCAAGAUGAGCAAGCUAAGCUAUUCAUUCAAUCAUUUCAGACUCCUUUCAUCCCUGGUUUUAGUUUGCUACCUACGAAAAGGAACAAAAGAAUGAAAGAAAUUGACAGAAAAGUAAGAGCCCUUUUAAUGGGCAUCAUCAACAAAAGACAGAAGGCUAUGAAGGUUGGGGAAGCCAACAAUGACGACUUGUUAGGAUUGUUACUUGAAUCCAACUACAAGGAAAUUCAAGAAAUUAAGGACAAGAAUAAUGUUGGGAUGUCCAUCGAAGAGGUCAUCGAAGAGUGUAAAGUGUUCUACUUUGCAGGUCAGGAAACCACCUCUGCUCUGCUUGUUUGGACGAUGGUUAUAUUAAGUAUGCAUUCAGAAUGGCAAGUGCGAGCAAGGGAAGAGGUCUUACAAAUAUUUGGGAAGAAUAAACCAAAUUUUGAUGGACUCAGCCACCUCAAAAUUGUUAACAUGAUUCUGUAUGAGGUUCUUAGAUUAUAUCCUCCACUACAACAGCUUAAUCGGUGUACAUACAAGAAUAUAAAGCUAGGAGAAUUAUCUCUGCCCCCUGGAAUACAGCUAAUGUUACCUAUAGUCCUUGUUCACCGUGAUCGUGAAGUAUGGGGUGAUGAUGCAGGAGAAUUUAAACCUGAGAGAUUUGCAGAAGGGAUCUCAAAAGCCACAAAGAACCAAUCCUCAUUUUUUCCAUUUGGUUGGGGCCCUCGAAUAUGCAUUGGCCAGCACUUCGCAAUAACAGAAGCAAAAAUGGCCUUAGCAAUGAUUCUACAAAGAUUUGCAUUUGAACUUUCUCCAUGCUAUGCCCAUGCUCCUACCACUGCAAUAACUCUUUAUCCACAAUAUGGUGCUCCAAUAAUAUUACAUAAUCUGUAGAAUCAUCUUCAUCACUACCAUCAUUUCUUGAAACUUAUAUCUUAAAUAAUAUUUACAGUUUAAUAUGUUUUAUAACAAGUGUACCAUGCUUAUAUGUGUUUGAAACCUCUACUGUCAGAAACAUAAGGAAGAAUAUAGUUUAACUAGUUACUAGUUUGUUAGUAAAAAGCAAUACAGCUUUAAGAAAAAUAAAACCAUUGUGUUAUAGUGUGAA